UUGCCGGUGAGUUACAAACAUGUCUAUGUAGUUUUUAGAGGAAUUUUACGGAUUUUCUCGGCAACUGAGAUUUUUGUUAACUAUGCCCACAUUUCCUCGCCAACAAGACCCCACAUGGUUUAAAAGUCUGAGGAAAAUGUGGGUCCACAUGGUUUUGUCUGGAGUUUCGGUGGUGGACACUCGUACGUAGACACUCAGUGGAUGAAGCCACUGGCGCUCAUGCACUCGGACUGACGUGGAUCGCCAUCGUCUUCACAGUGACGGUGGAGCUGACGUGAAAAACCCUCCCUCCACACACUGACACAUUUACAUGAACACACAGACACACACACACACAUGGCCCACAGCCCUUCAAGCCUUCUCCAGUCAUCAACAGACCCUCCAUGAGUCCGUCAACCAGGAAACAGCGCCACCACAUGGCGGCGCCUCACUGAUGUUUUUUUAACAAAAUAAUAAUCAAGGAUAACGUCCAAGAACUGUGAGAUGAACACGAUAGUAACCACUCCUCCUAUAUAGCCCCACUCUGUUACCUUUAUUGUUUCUUGACCCACAUCUGCCUGUUGAUUAAAUAAAACCUGUUGGUUUCAAAGGAAAAAGAAAAAAAGAAUUUGUAUUUUAUUUUGAUAAGUCUCAGUGUUAUUAGUGUUGAUUGAAAGCUAAAAAAAAUGGAGCUGGCUUUGACGGCGCCUCCCCAUCAGCCACUCCCAUCUGUCACAUGUCCCAGGAUGCACCAGAUUAGCGACAAGCUGAUAAACCACAGGAGAACAGACCCACAGAUGCUCCAAGGCGACCUUCUUUUUUUAAUAUUUUAAUAUCCUUUUUUUUGAUGGCUUAGAAUGUACAACAAGAUUUAACUGCAUUGAGAAAACCCGGACAAAUCUCAUUUUUGAGUGUAUUUUGUGUACAUCUGUGUAAAUACUGAAAAAUAAUUAAAGAGGUUAUAUGGGUUAUGGUGAGGGGCGAAACUGUCGGGAGUUCACACUUCUUCACCUUUCUUUGUACGUCAUUCAACUCUGUUUUUCGAGAUAUUCUCAGCUGUGAGGUUGGAAACAUUUAUUAUCUUUCUGUUUCUUGCUUAGAACUUUUCUAUCUGUACGACCGGUCUCCAAGAACAGAGUUAAAAAAAAAAUCUAACAUAUGUCUACUGUUUUGGGAUUGUGGUGCAUGUGACGUUUGAAGAUUAUUUCUCCUUUUAGUGUGUUGCAACUGACAGCACUGCAACUCUUUGUCACUAGCCUGUAAUCCAGCUAUUUACUUGUGAGCUCCAUUGUGUACAACACUGACUCUUCCCCAGACAUUUGCAGUUGGAGUUGGAUCAUUUUAGCCGCCGUUCCAGUGAGGAGCUCACCUGAGGCAGCUUGUGUAAACAGGGUUGUUGCAUUUGUUUCAUAUCACCUGCAUUAAAAUGAAGAGAUCAUAAAACCCACAAGCCUUGACUUUGCUUACAAAUGCUGUGGUGCAGUGUUUGGGACGUCCGUCCCACUAACCUCCCUAACAACGUGUGAAGAGAAAUUCUUGAAAAAAGGGACGACUGUUUACAGUCUAAUUAGAAUAAUCCCAUCGUAUCAGAUUUUUUUUCUAAAAGCUUGUUCGUACUAUUGCUUAAGCAAAACUUUUAAUGGAGAGUCUCACAAUGUUGGUAAGACUUUCAUACACGAAGGGUGGCUUAAAGCUGAAUAAUCCGGCCUUUUUUCUACAUUGCACAAGGAUCGCCAUAUAAGCAAUUCUGAGGACAUAACAUGUAUUAAAGGAUUAGGCUUUGGGAGGCAACAGGAGAGCUGGUUGAAUAGGAGAGUAGAUGUUUCCAUUUGGGCUAUUAUCUUACCUUGUCGGCGUGUAAUCCAUAUUUCUGCAGUCUAAGAUUGUUAACCGGCAGUUUUAGACUUUAUUUUAACCUUUGGAGAGAACAGAAGCCCAUCCUCGAGGGACAGAAUUUGGUUGUUUUGCUGCUUUUGUCCUUCAGCCUCCUCUCUGAGCAAUAAAAUCUACUUCUGAAAGAACGUGCACAGAGAUCCCCAUGUGCGUCCAGCUUGACGGUACACAUGAAGACACUGUUUACCUAAAUUUGAUCACUAAAAAACAAGACAUGCCCCCAGAAAGAAAGACUUCUCAUCAAACUCUGUCCCCCUCCUGAGGCUGCCAGAGCACCAGACAUGUUGUUUUUCCGUCUUAUUUUCUCAACAAAUGGAUUUCUUAGAAUUGUAAUUGCAAAUUUUUUGUCUUUUUUGUUUCUUUUUGUGUGUCUGUCUUUGGUGGUUUCCUUUUGUUAGUGUUUACGUGCUACACAUCCAUCGGUGAUGACAAACAGAGACGUCUCCCCGAGCACCAGCUGGAAAUUUGUUUCUUUGGUUUGCGAUGGUUAGAAAAGCGAGCUGCCUUCAGGGUCUGUCUGUGAAAUAUUCAGCAGUGAAGCGCGCUUUGCAGAAUCCAGUUUCCUCUCUGCCUUGAGAAGAAGGCUCAGCUAUCAGGUGACCAAACAGCACCCACACCAGAAAGCCUCUGACACUUCCGCUGUAGGAGGCUCCACGUGAUGCCGCUCCGUCCGCACAAAAUAAACAGGCUUUAUUGCAGCCUUGCUCCAGGGUGUUAUGAGCAGCACAAAUGACAGCCUGACAGCAGCGGCUGAGUGACACAGCUCCAGGAUGACACAUGCUUGCAUCUCAUGGAAACGAAUUACCAUGGUUUCUCUUCUGACAGUUUCUAUUGUGUUUUCAUUGACCCGUUUGGUUUGUGUCAGUUUUACCGUGAAACUAUGCUGUGGUAGCAGCCUUUGCUUUUUUAGAAUCUAAGCAGCACCUUUGGUCUGUGACUGUGCAAACAGAUAUAUCCUGGUUUUUAAGCAUCUGAUGAAUGUCACCCAUCACCACUCUCCACCCUUUAUUCAAACCAAGCUCUCUUCCAGCAUCUUCAGAUGGGUUAAAGGGCGCUCUUUACCAUGAUAUCUCUGAAAAGAUUUGUUUGUUCAUAAUAACCUUAAAUCAUUGCUGUUUUGUGUAAACAUCACCGUGCAUCAUGCCUCAAAUGAAGGAAACUGUGCUACUGUACUCUGAUAGUUAUGAGGCCAACUUGGUGAGUCAUCAAAUUAGAAAACCAAAUUUUGAUCCAGGGGUAUUUACAUGCUGUAUGUUUGGUUACGACAUCUGAGUCCACACAGGUGAAGCAUGAAAAGAGCUCCGCCCCUGCACAGCAGGGUUUGUAAAUAGAGAGUGGAGAGCGAUCGUUUUACACUUGAUCCUGGAGGCGAAGAGGCGCAGUCAUCAGAUCACAGCAGCUCUUUUACAAUGAAAACCAGAUGGCUCCAGUCAGCUGAGGGGUAUUGACAACACCGUUCAAAAGGAUCAGUUAACCAGCCAUUGUUUUUUUUGUUUUUUUGUUUUUUUUCAGCCAUGCCCAUCGCAGAGCUUUUAGGAGUGCAGUUUGACAUGCAGCUGCUGCUGAAGCUGAGUGUCUCUGUACUGGCAGCAGUGCUGCUUUCCUGGGCCUACAGGUUCUACAAUUCCAGGAAUGUGGGAGAAACUUCGCUAUGUGGUAAAGAUGACAAAACGCCACUGCACGCCACCUGCCAAAACUGCAAGAUGACAAUACAGCAUCAAAACCCAGAAGACUCUGCCAAGGAGACUGGAUCCGUCCAUGCUACUUCUGCUGACCUGACUUCAAACAAGGAAACGGCCGCCGAGGCUCCUGUACGCCGAAGUGAAAGCAAAAAACACAAGGAGGAAUUUAGCUAUUUAAAUAUUGACCGAGACAAGUGCAAGGAAACAGAGACGGAUCCAAAUCCCUCCCUGGCUGCUGCUGAUAACACUGCGUUUUGCUUCUCUUCAACCCUUCAAGAACCGGCAGAGAACGGCAUCAGCAGCCUCUCUGGACGCCGCUCUCCUUGCAUUUUAAAGUUGCAGGGUGGCAUGGGUGUGGGGAGGGCAUUAAGGCAGGACUUGGAGCACCAGGACGUCUGUUCUCGCUUCCUGUCCAAGGCAGAGAUCAAAGUGGAGGAUACAAACAUUGUGCUGGAUGGAUCAGGGGACCAAAUUGUGCACGGAAGGAUAUAUGAAUACUAUGUGGAGUCCUCCUCUCACUCAGUUACAGAUUCUCAUCACCACAGAAACUCUGAGUCCAAGAUGGUUGAGUUUGGAAACCCAAGCAGCAUGAUGGAGUCUCCUCCCUUAGCGAGUUCCAUCAUCAUGGCUGAUCUGGUGCCUCAGCAAAGCAGUAUUACAGAUGCCUCUUUGCAAAAAAGCCUCCAGCUAAGACACCCAGCAAGGCCCGCCCUCCUACGCAAGGAGAGCUAUCAGUUUGCAGCAGAGGAGUCCGAGCUUCUCUUUCCUCUUCAGAAUCCAACAACUCCAGUGACUCACUCUCUGGCUUCAGCCAACAAUGAGAGUAUCUUACUUCAAACCCUCAAGGAAAGAAGACGUAAAGAGGCGGAGGACCUGGAAACUAUAGCGGGGGCUCCAUUCAUGAACUUUUCUGUAGAAAUCUCUGAUGGCACAGAUCUGGAAAAUCUAAAGAGCAAACUUGAUUUGGGUAACUGUCUACAGGCAUUUUAUCUAGCCAAGAAACAUGGCAACGUGUCUCUGCAGCGAGCAGCUCUCAGAGUUAUGUCAGACAACUACCUGCAGGUGCUCAGGGACCCCAACAUUUAUGGACGCCUUAUGGCGGGCGAGCGGGAACAAAUCCAGAAACAGAGGAUGAAGGCGAGGCGCUUUGUCAUCGUUGCAGACAUGGACCCUCAAGACUGGCUGGGUCACACUCAGGGACUCAGGGCAACAGUAGAACAGAGGAAAACGUCCAGUCAGAUGUACUAUUAUGAUGACUACAAAGACUCCUGGCACCCAUUGUGCCCGAUUCCCCCUGAGGUUAUCUCUAAAGCCUGUGCCAUGUGCACCAUGGAUAACUACUUAUUUGUGGCAGUGGGCUGCCAAGGCGCAGACAGAGGAACGACACCCUCAAAGCGAGUGUUCUGCUACAACCCUUUGACAUCCAUCUGGAAAGAGAUCAGUCCCAUGAAUGAAGCCAGGCCUCGCUGCAAACUGGCAGCGCUGGAGGGAUGUGUCUAUGCCAUUGGAGGGGAGUGUCUCUCAUCAGUGGAGCGCUACGACCCACGGCUAGACAGAUGGACGUUUGUGGCUCCGCUGCCUAACGACACCUUCGCUGUGGCGCAUCAUGUGACGGUGUGCGAUGGAGAGCUCUUCGUUUGUGGAGGUACGCUCAGGUGUAUACUCCUGCGUUACAGUCCCAAAGCUGACACCUGGAGGACAGGCGUCAUGGUGGGAAGCAAAGACAAGACCACCGACAUGGUGGGCGUGAGGAGAUGCUUGUACCGCUUCGAUCUGAACCCACUGCUGGGUAUCAGUGUGUACCGCUACCACACGGUGGCGCGGCUCUGGUAUGAGUGCAGCUCCAAACGGCUUUUGCACUGCCCUGCCUUCCAGUGCGUGGCCAUGGAUGGAACGAUCUUCUGCAUCAGCCAGCAGUUCACCAUCAGGUUUGAUGCUGACGACGUCUCACCAGCUUUCGCAGAAGAGGAUUUCAGCGUCCUCUCUGCAGCCAAGGGCAUGCUUUUCCCCUUCGUCCUGUCACUACCUGAUAAGAAACCUCGGCAGACAAGUGUGUAAAAACGAUUCUGGGAUUUUUUUUGUUUUAUUUAUUUAUUUUUUUUUGUUGAUAAGAUUAACCGAUGACAGAGUAUCCCCACAGGAGCAUGCUUUACAUCAAGUUUAUUGUUGACGGUGUGAAUUUUACUUUGCAGAACCCGACCCGACCCUAAAAUGUUAUUACAAAACUGUGAGAUUGCACUGUCAUUUCCUUGAGGUGUUAUUGAGCUCCUCUUUCCAGAAAGAUACAAUGCAUUACUUUCAAAAAUGACUUUAUUCUUCAUGGGUUGCAAAUUGCACUGAGACUUAUGCUCCUUACGUCUCAUCCCUGGCGGCAGAUGUAAAGUAUUGGAUUGUAAAUGCUCGUCAAACUAAUGUUUGCUCAGAUUUAUGCGGGACGCUCUGCCAUGUUGAUUGUUUUCUUUUAUGAUUUGCCACUCCUUGCUGCCAUUACGCUGUUUUUACAUUGUCCCAGAUGCUUAACCGCUUCACUGUGAACAAUAAUUCAUUACAAAAAAUCUCCGCCUAAAUGAGUUCGUUCAGCUCUAACACACAGAGAUAGAGCAAUACUGCGAUCAUCUAUCACUCUGCUCCUCUGUAGGGCACAAAUAUAACUUACACAGUGGUCUGGAUACAAAACCAUUAUCUACAUUUGCUCUUUAAACAUGACAUGAUGUAAAUGGUUAUGCCUUACAUUAUGAAUAGGUGUGCUUUUGAAGCAUUUAUCACUGUUUGAAAGUCUUCCAGCACUUGGACUGCAGUCAUUCUGUGUGUUGUAUCUGUUACUCAUUUGAUUACUGCGCUGAUGUACGAACGUGACACAUUUACUUUUAUAUUUAUUGUAAAUAUCAACAAAAAAUAAAAUAAAUCCUUUAAGUGUUGUAAUAAAUUCUCGUUACUUACAUAAUGUGAUGAAACACACAAACUAAAGCAUAUCAGUGUAUUACUGAGCA